AUGGAAUUCUAUGAUUUCUUCAAAAGUUUUGUAUCCGGUGGUGUAGCUGGUAUGGCGUGUCUGAUAACCGGACAUCCAUUUGACACAAUUAAAGUUCGGCUACAAGCAAUGCCACAUCGUCAGCAUCAACAUCUGUAUCAGUAUCCAUUUCAUUGUCAUCAGAAAACACUUAGUGGAGCUCACUAUUUUACUGGAGCUUUUGACUGCUUACAAAAAACAGUAAUUAACGAAGGAUUCAAAGCGCUAUUCAAGGGAAUGACAGUUCCAGUAUUAUUUGGAAUUCCAAGAUCAGCAAUAUUUUUUGGCAGUUUUACACUUGGAAAGCAACUGCAGACUGGUGGUAUCGACCGCGAAUUGUCGCCGUUUGAACUGUUCAAUGCUGGUGCAUUUGCCGGUGCAAUACGCGGUGUUAUUAUGAUACCAACUGAACGAGUCAAAUGUAUAUUACAGGUUCGACAAAAUCCAUUAACUGUUGCUGAAGUACCAAAAUACGAAGGACCGAUUAAUGUGGUCAAACAUCUGUACAGCUCAGGAGGCAUAAAAAGUAUCUACCGUGGAAGCUGUGUUACACUUCUACGAGAUAUCCCGGCUAGUGGCUCAUACUUUACCGUCUACGAAUAUUUGACAAAAAGUUUACUGAAAGACAGGAAAACAUCAGAAGGAAACACACCGGUUACUAUCGUUGUUGGUGCUGGUGGCGUUGCUGGAGUAGUUUCCUGUCUAAUCGUUAUCCCUUUGGAUGUCGUUAAAUCAAGAAUUCAAACAGCACCAGAGGGCAAAUAUAGGCAUGGAAUACGAAGUGUUUUACAAGAGAUUGUCCGUCAAAAUGAAGGGUUUAAAGCACUGUACAAAGGACUGACACCAGUUGCUCUACGAGCAUUUCCAGCGAAUGCAGCUUGCUUUAUCGGUUUGGAAACAACGUUGAGUUUAUUUCGGUUCUUUGAAAUAUAA